AGCAAGUACACACUUUGAUACCUACAAUGACGAACGCGACGAUGUUUCCGAUGGACCCGGUCGAUCGGGCUGCUGUGACAGCCAUGGCCACGGACGGCCUCACGCACCUCAUUCGGUGGGCGCAGCAGACGCCCGAGGGCAAGCUCCUCCCCAAGACUGCGACCUGGACGUACGAGGCGUGCCGACAUAUGGUCAACGUGGCCGGCGUCGGCUCUCUUGACGACAUCAUCCGCGUGUACGAAGAGCCGAUGGACGGCAGCAGCCUUCACUUCGACAAGUCGCGGCUCCUGCUCUCACUACAGAAGACACCGGCGAUGCGGCUCUCAUUGCGCUGGGGGCUCUUCCGCGCGCCACUGCCGUUCAUGCGCGACCGCUGCGCCACGUACCUCGAGUGCUCCAAGACGUUUGUCGAUGCGCACGGCCGGCGCGGAUACGCCCGGUACAUUCGGUCGCACCCGACGACGGCGGCGCACACCACCUACGUCUCGGCCGACGUCCGGUCGUGGGGCGUCGUUGUCAUCGAGACGGCCGAGCCCGGUGUCUUCCAAGCCAGCAGCACAGUCGACAUUGACUGGAAAGGCACGAUCUCGUCCGCGAUCGCGACGCGCAUGACUUCCAAGCGCGCGCAGAGCGUUGCCCGCCUCGGCGCUGUCGUCCGCGCCAUGUUGCACAAGUCGCCGGCCCGCUGCAGCACCUGCAACGAAAAGCCGCGCAAGGUCGACAGCCAACUGGCGCUGUGCCCGUCGACCAAGAAGCUUGUGUGCAGCACCUGCCGAGUCAAGGCGACCAGCCUCGGCCAGAUCAGCCUCGCCAGCGACAAGGUCCGUCGCCGCGUGGGUCCUCUGCGUGCGAUCGAAGCACGCCCCGCCAACUCAAUUCGACUAUGCUCUCGCACCGGAACGAGCGCCGUCUAAGACGUCGAUUCCCUUAUUUAUUUAUGCCAUUAGU